UUUAGGAAUGUUUUAAAGGAAGUUGGGCUACUCACAAGUUACUACAUAAGAAAGCAAAGUAAUGUGAAUGGAUUGGCUACUGGAACCUCCCCUUACCCAGUUUCCUCAUCUGUAAAAUGAGGACAUUUGACUGGAUUAUAUUUUUGUUGACUUUAGUCACCAUGCUGUACAUUCCAUCGCUAGAACGUAUUUCUUAUGACUAGAAUUUUGUAUCUUUUGACCAACUUCAUCAAUUUCACCAUUCCUCAUUAGCUUAAUAUGAAGAUGAAAAGGCAAAGCGGGAAUUGUCUUCCUGGAGCCUAGAAGGUGAUAUUAACACUGACCCAUGGGCAGGUUAUCGGUACACGGGCAAACUCCGACCACAUUAUCCACUGAUGCCAACCAGGCCCGUGCCAAGUUAUAUUCAAAGACCAGAUUAUGCUGAUCAUCCUUUAGGAAUGUCUGAAUCUGAACAAGCUCUUAAGGGUACUUCUCAAAUUAAAUUACUCUCAGCGGAAGAUAUAGAAGGGAUGCGACUCGUAUGUAGGCUUGCUAGAGAAGUCCUGGACAUUGCUGCUGGGAUGAUUAAACCAGGUGUAACUACUGAAGAAAUAGAUCAUGCUGUGCACUUAGCAUGUAUUGCAAGAAAUUGCUAUCCUUCUCCAUUGAAUUAUUAUAAUUUCCCAAAGUCUUGUUGUACUUCAGUGAAUGAAGUUAUCUGUCAUGGAAUUCCAGACCGACGGCCCUUGCAAGAAGGUGAUAUUGUUAAUGUGGACAUCACUCUUUAUCGCAAUGGUUAUCACGGGGACCUGAAUGAGACGUUCUUUGUUGGCGACGUGGACGAAGGGGCGCUGAAGCUGGUUCAGACCACGUAUGAGUGCUUGAUGCAAGCCAUCGACGCAGUGAAACCUGGCGUUCGAUACAGAGAACUGGGAAACAUUAUUCAGAAGCAUGCCCAAGCAAAUGGCUUUUCAGUUGUUCGAAGCUACUGUGGGCAUGGAAUCCAUAAGCUUUUUCAUACAGCCCCCAAUGUACCCCACUAUGCCAAAAAUAAAGCAGUUGGAGUGAUGAAGGCGGGCCACGUAUUUACCAUUGAGCCAAUGAUUUGUGAAGGUGGAUGGCAGGAUGAAACCUGGCCCGACGGAUGGACCGCGGUGACGAGAGAUGGGAAGCGGUCUGCUCAGUUUGAGCACACCCUGCUGGUCACGGACACUGGCUGUGAAAUCCUAACCCGGCGACUGGAUAGCGAGCGGCCUCACUUCAUGUCCCAGUUUUAAUUUCCCCGAGAUGGCACAUCUCAGUAACACUUCCUGGCUGUACGAGGCUUUUUAUUGAGAGUACAGAAUGGAAGAGAAAAUUUUUUAUUAUUUGUUUUGUUUUGACUAUAGAUAAGGAAGGAUUACAGCAUCUGACACGUGUCCUCAAGAACUUGUCUUGGGUCUGGAAAAGCCAAGAAGAAUAAAGGAAACACUUUCAACUCCUUUCAGUGUUCCCCUCUCUCCCUGCUCCCACCCCAGGCUCUGCACCCUGUUUUCUCAUUUGCCCUUUGAGCACUUUUACCUAAACCUGCUUCUAGUUGCUUUUAUCACUGCCACAACUGGGCACUGAGAGCCAGCUGCUUUCCAGAGACAUGAAUGUAGAACAUGAGAACCCUUGAAACUUUAGCAACAUCGGUUGCUUCAGAUUUUUUUUAUUAUAUAGGAAAUAUAUAUGUAUACAUUUUAAAUUCCUUAUAUGUAAUUACUGAACACUAUGUGCCCUGGGUUUGUGUUGAUUCUGUCAUAAAUGGACCCAUAGUGUGCAGUAGUUAGUUUAAUUCCCAGUUGGGAAUUGCCCCUUCCCCCCACCCCCACCCACCCAAUGCUAAUUAUUUACCUUUGUAGUUGUGUGUAAGGAAACACUCAGUCAGACUGUCAGUGAAUGGAUGUGGCAAAAUUCACUUUGGGAAAAGGUUAGGUUUUAAAAAAAAUCUAGUUUAUGGCAAAAAUAGCCAUGCUCCAUGAGGUGGUGGCUGUUGCAGAGCAUGAGGGUUUUGUAAUACAUUGCUGUUUCAGACCUCUCUUUAGUCAAAAUGGGAGGGAACGAGUUCCCUUUCUUCCACUCUUUUUUAUUUCUAGAGCACACCUUGGAGAUAUUCAGAGGAGGGUGGAGGUUGCACUAUGGAAGUGGAUGGGGAAAGCCAGUUCUGAAAGCUCUCCAGCAGUGAGCAGAGUCGGUCAGGUGAGAGGUUAGACCGAACGUUUAGUAAGCCUGGUGGUGAGGAGAAAGGACCCCUUUCAGGACUGGCCUGCUUUCCUUGCAGUAGGAAUGCAGCUGUAAACAUACUUCACCUUUACAUCUCUGGGAAUCUCAUUAGAAAUGACCUCAGCUGCCCAAUAUCUGUGUUCUUUUCAGUAGGUCGGUCCACGUGGGAUUGUACCCAGUGAAGCCAUAGCAGAUCAAAGGCAUUGUCCUUACAGUGUGCUUGAUUACUGGGUUUCAGGUGACUUUCUUGUAAGAUAAUUCAAUACCACUGACAUGUUAAUACUUGGAGGAGAAUAUCUUUCCCAGAGUGCCUCAGACGUUGUUGCUUUAAAAGAAUUACGAUAAUGUUUUCAUUUUAUUAUUUUAAUGAUUUAGUCGGGUGACUGAAUCUGGUUGUAGACUUUCGGGGGUAUGUGUGCGAAGUUUUUUAUCAAACUGUAAUAUUUGUGAAUGGAAUGCCUUGCAAUAUGAAUGUUAAUAUAAUGUGUAAAGGGAGAUUAAAAAGUUUGAGUGAUUAUCCUGCCA